AUGAGCAUUACCCAAACACCAAAUGUCAAGUCUUUCGAGACGCGUCUGUUCAUCAAUGGCAAAUUUGUCGAAGCUUCUGACGGGGGAAAAUUUGAUUUAGUCUCACCUGCCACGGGUGAAAAGUUCACUCAAGUAUCCGAGGCAACCGAGGACGAUGCAAAUGCAGCUGUAGCGGCAGCUAAAGCUGCCUUCCCAUCAUGGUCUGCACUUUCCCCAAUCGCUAGGGGAGCAUAUCUCAAGAAACUCGCUCCUCUCAUUACGGAAGCCAAGGAUGAACUUGCAGAGCUUGAGGCACUCUCAAUGGGUCGUCCCGUGUCAAAUUACUUCGAGGUUGAUCGCACUGUGAAUGCCUUGAACCACUACGCGGAGGCCGGAAUGCGGGCGUUGGGUACCUCCAGCCUGAAUACUCCUGGCUUUGUCAACAUGACCAUGAGACAACCGUUUGGUGUGGUGGGAGCUAUUAUUCCCUGGAAUGUACCUAUUUAUUUCCUUAUCAGCAAGUCAGCCCCUGCGUUGAUCGCAGGAAACACAGUUGUGCUUAAGAGUAGCGAGAAAGCACCAUUGACUUGUGCGAAAGUUGCGACUUUUAUUGAGAAGGUGGGCUUCCCACCAGGAGUCAUCAACAUCAUUUCGGGCCAUGGACACAUCUCUGGCAGUGUACUAUCUCAUCACAUGGAUAUCCGGGUGAUCAGUUUCACAGGCUCGGGUAGAACUGGACGGCUGAUCCAAGCUGCAUCUGCCAAGUCGAAUUUGAAGAAUGUCAUUUUGGAACUAGGAGGGAAGUCACCCGCGAUCAUUUUUGAAGAUGCGAACAUGGAAAAAGCCGUCAAAGACACAGUGCACUCCAUCCAGUUCAACAGUGGUCAAGUCUGCAUGGCUAAUUCCAGAAUCUAUGUUCACGAAUCCAUUGCUCCGACUUUCAUUGAGAAGUUUCAGAAUACCUUUGUGGUGAAAAGUGGCGAUCCACUGUUACCCGGCACCGACCAUGGCCCUCAAGCAGACGAGAUCCAAUACAAGCAGGUCCAGGCCUUCAUCGAGGAGGGCAAGAAAGAUGGCAAGAUGAUUUUGGGAGCUGGUCCCUCCAAGCACACAAAUGGAUUCUUUGUUCAGCCAACUGUGUUUAUUAACACGCCGGAAAACUCCAGGAUAAUGAAGGAAGAGAUCUUUGGGCCGGUAGUUGUUAUCAAUACCUUCAAAGAUGAGGAUGAAGUUGUCGCCAAGGCGAAUGAUACCGAGUUUGGCUUGUAUGCGUCAGUCUAUACCAAAGAUGUGAGUCGAGCGCUGCGGAUGGCCAAGAAGUUGGAGUCUGGAAAUGUGGGAGUCAACUGCACUAGCCCGACUGGAGCUUUUGAUAUGCCAUUUGGUGGAUACAAGGCGAGUGGAAUUGGUCGGGAGGGAUGGACUGUCAGCAUAGACAAUUACCUAGAGACCAAGAGCGUAUGUAUUAGUGUUGAUGAUGCUUAG